CUCCCCGCCGCCGCCAUGACGGAGCCUCCCCCCGGCGGCCAUUCCCGCUUCCGCCCGCCGCCGCCAUUUUGUGGGCUGCGCCCCCAGCCCCUGCCCGCGCCGCUCCCCUCGGGGCCGGCCGCCGCCAUGUCGGGAGGGCUCCGCGGGUGGCGAGCGGCGGCCGGCCCGCUGCUGCAAGCCUCCGGGGCUCCGCACGGAGCGAGGCGGCGGCGGCGGCUGCUGCUCUCUCAGCUCUUCCAGCCCCUAAACCUGCAGGGCGAGGGAGGCGAGGCGGGGUGGGAGGCGGGGAGCCGCAGCCACAGGCUGAUGGUGCAGGGGGGGCUCAUCCACCCCGGCAGCACCGGCUGCUACUGCUACCUGCCGCCCGCCGUCCGCGCCAUGGAGAAGCUCGUCCGCCUCAUCGACGGGGAGAUGGAGGCCGUCGGCGGGCAGAAGGUGAACAUGCCCAGCCUGAGCUCGGCAGAGCUGUGGCGUGCCAGCGGGCGCUGGGAGAAUAUGGGGCCAGAGCUGUUCCGCCUGGCUGACCGGCACGGCAAGGACUAUUGCCUGGGUCCUACACACGAAGAGGCGGUCACGGAGCUGGUGGCCGCUCAGAGCAACCUGUCCUACAAGCAGCUGCCGCUGCGCCUCUACCAGGUGACGAGGAAGUUUCGGGAUGAGCCCAAGCCCCGCUUCGGCUUGCUGCGCAGCCGGGAGUUCUACAUGAAGGACAUGUACACUUUUGACGCCUCCGAGGAGGCGGCUCGGCAGACCUACGAGCUGGUGUGCGGCGCCUACCGCGGCCUCUUCGAGCGCCUGGGGCUCCGCUGUGUCCAGGUGCGGGCGGCCACAGGCAACAUCGGGGGCACCACGUCCCACGAGUUCCAGCUGCCGGCAGACAUCGGCGAGGACAGGCUGGUGCUGUGCCCCGACGGACACUUUGCGGCCAAUGUGGAGAUGCUCAACGGGGAGCAAACUACAUGCCCCACGUGUGGAGAAAAACUCACCCAGACUAGAGGGAUCGAAGUGGGGCACACGUUUUAUCUGGGUACCAAGUACUCCGCUGUCUACAAUGCCAUCUACUACUCCCCCGACAACAAGCCCCACCUGGCAGAAAUGGGUUGUUACGGGUUGGGUGUCACUCGCAUCCUGGCAGCGUCCAUCGAGGUGCUGUCAACAGAGGACAGCAUCCGUUGGCCGAGCCUCAUUGCGCCCUACCAGGUGUGCUUCAUUCCCCCCAAGAAAGGCAGCAAGGAGGAGCUGGGAGCUGUGCUGCUGGAGCACAUCUAUGACGACUUUGUUGAGGCCCAUCCACACCUCGCGGGUGAUGUGGUGCUGGAUGACAGGACACAGAUGACAAUCGGCAAAAGGCUGAAAGAUGCCAAAAAGCUGGGGUAUCCCUAUGUGGUCAUAGCUGGGAAGAGGGUUUGUGAGGACCCCCCAGUCUUUGAGGUUUGGGAUCAAAACUCUGGCGAGGUUUUGUACCUCACCAAGGAAGGUGUCAUUGAGUUACUGAGUAAAGUGCAAGUCCCUUAAAAUCCCUGUCUCCUAAUCUGUCAUUUUUGCUGCACUGAGUAGGCCUGAAUAGUUCCUUUUUAAGGAGCUGCAGGCUGUCAGCGAUGGGUCUGGGUGAGCAGAGCCAUAUCCAGUUCACAUCAGAGCCACCCGUGGCGUCUUGCAGCAGUGCUAGGAGACGGGUUGAGUUGGGUCAGGCCAUAUUCCCCUGUGGGCUGUCCCUGUGGUUUCAUGGGCUUUGCUUUUGUUCGAACAACGUUCCUCCCUCUGGCUACAGCCCACGCAAGCCCCAGCAGAGGCUGCAACAGGGGGAGUCAGGAAGCCUUUCCUUCACCCUUUUCAGGUACUGAAUUCUUUAAAUGAAGUGUUUUCAGAGGGUGAGAAAGGAAAGCGCCUUUCCCUGGCUUGUCUGUUCUCUUUGGAGACACCCAAGUUCUGUGAAUGUGGAGUUUAAUUUGCACAUAAUUUUAUGUGUAAAUUAAUUAAUGUGUUUGCACAGAGAGAUCCUUCCCAGCCUUGUUCCUGCAAGCAUUUGAUGGUGCUAAAUGCUGAGCAUGCACCCAUCCCUGUGACCCUGCUGUCAUCUCCCCAUGAACCCUUACGUGACUUUGCCAUCCAGCCCUGGACAGGGAGAUCUUUGGAGAGAAUUGCCAUGCCCCAUGCUGCAGCUUCUGGAUCUGCUGCAUCUAGAGAUCACAAGCAACAACAGGGCCACUGCCAUGUAGGACUUCAGGGUAGAGCCGCUGCUCUCCUUGUGCUCCCAGAAUUGAGGAGAUCGUCUAACCCUUCCCCCCAUUUGAGGCAGGAUCAGCUCUGUCUGCCAUCUUCGUGGGAGACAAACCAGCUGCUGAAAGCCUCUGCACGAGCGCAGCAUGCAUAGUAACCCUGUGGUGCAGUGUAGGGCCUGUCCCAUCAGUGUGGUCUACCAUUGCCCUCAAGACCUGCCUUAUACUGCAGUGACACGCAGGUGCACAAGCAGCGUAAGGUCACAGCAAUGGCCUUACUUGUUGAGGUAAAGUUAUCAACUCAGCAAAAGCUG